AGCAGAACUUCAGGACUUCAGGACCUUUUUAAGGAGUUUACACUAAAAGGGAUUUUAAGAAGAAACGAAUAAAGGAGAAAGUAGAGAAUGUGUAAAGGGUUUGUGGCCUUACAACAAACAUGUCUUGAGCGGGCUAAACAGAUCAAGGUCAAGUUUGGUACCCUUCUCCAGAGGCCAGACCAUGAUUCCACAAAGACUGUAAUCAUCCCUCCAAAGACAGCUGAGGGAUAUCUGGAGGCACCGCCUAAGCUUGACAGGCCCUCAAGAGAGGAAGCGUCUCUGUGGGGGAAGGCCCUGGACAAUGUAUUGAUCAACAGCUAUGGCCUGGCUACUUUCUGGAGCUUCCUAAAGUCAGAGUUCAGUGAGGAGAACCUUGAGUUUUGGGUAGCCUGUGAGGACUACAAGAGGACCGGAGAACAAAGCAGAAUGGCUGGCAAGGCAGAGGGGAUUUAUAAGGAGUUCUUAAAGACCGGAGCCCAGAAAGAGGUGAAUAUUGACCAUUUAACCAAGGAUGCAACAUUGAAGAACCUGGCCAGCCUGUCUCCUACGACCUUUGACCUGGCCCAGAGACAGGUCUUUGCCCUCAUGGAAAAAGAUUCGUACGGGAGGUUCCUCAAAUCCAACCAAUACCAGGACAUUAUAAAGUAGCGACUCAAACACCGGUUGUCCAGUCGGGUCCUCAGCCAGAAUAGAAGGGUGGUGUUGGAUUGAAUGGCAUGUCAGAUUGAUUGAUUGACAUGAAUUGAACAUGAAUUGGACAACCAAUAAUGUCAUCAGACUGACUGGAAGGAGUGUUAUAGUUGAUUUAUUGAUUUGUCUGUUUGUCCACUUUGGUAAUCCAAUAUUUAGGUAACACUAGUACAGUACAUGCAUACUGACCCAUUGUUCAACAGUAUUUGAAGU